AUGGUUAGCCUCGAGCGAGGAAGUGUUCUCCGAAUUUUGGACUCCAAGAGUGAGGCCGACCAAAAGAUUAUUAUCGACGCUCCUCAGCUUAAGGAUUUUCUUUCCGACGAAUCCAGAACGCGAUUUGAUCAAGUUCUCGGUGGUCUGGAUGCGUUGAGCAUUGCCUUCCAGCACAAUCCUCGCCUCGUGAGAGGGCUGGAUUACUACAGCAACACUGUUUUUGAGUUUGUUGAAAAGCCCGCAUCUGCAGCUUCUAGCAGUGUGGAAGCAACAACAGGAGGGAUUGCAGUGCUAGCUGGUGGCUGCUACGAUGGUCUCGCAGAGUCGUUAGGAGGGCCUGCGACAGCUUGCGCGGGCUGGGCUGCUGGAGUUGAUCGGCUUAACCUGCUUCGAGAGAUGCCAAUCGAGACUGCGAUCUCAGUCGCGGUUGUUCCGGUUCUUUCAGGCGAUGAUUCGAGUCGAGUGCUGCACGAAGCCAUGCUAGUUGCUCAGACGCUUCGUCAGCGUGGCCUGACGGUUCACUUUUGCCAUGGUCGCGGGAAUAUGAAGAAGCAGAUGAAGGCUGCUGAACGCUACGGCAGUACCCAUGCUGUGAUCCUGGGAGGUGCGGAAAUCGAGCAACAGAGUGUGAAGGUCAAGAAUCUCGAGAAGCGAGAAGAGGCGGAAGUGUCGUUGGUUGAGCUGGGUAGCUUUGAGUUUCUCUGA